AUGGGAAAGAUCACCUUUUACGAGGACCGAAACUUCCAGGGCCGUUACUAUGAGUGCAGCAGUGACCACUCCAACCUCCAGUCCUACUUCAGUCGCUGCAACUCUGUGAGGGUUGACAGUGGCAACUGGAUGCUCUAUGAGCACCCCAAUUAUUCAGGCUGCCAGUACUACCUGCGGAGGGGCGAGUAUCGUGACUACCAGGAGUGGAUGGGUUUCAAUGAUUCCAUCAGGUCCUGCAGAAUCAUCCCUCAUACCCGCUCACAUCGUCUUCGCAUCUAUGAGAGAGAAGACUAUCGAGGCCAGAUGGUGGAACUCACUGAUGAUUGCUCUUCUCUCCAAGAUCGAUUCCACUUUCAGGAGAUGCAUUCCUUCAAUGUCCUGGAGGGCUGCUGGAUCCUCUAUGAGCUGCCCAAUUAUAGAGGAAGGCAAUACUUACUGCGGCCGGGGGAAUACAGGAGAUACUUAGACUGGGGCGCCACGAACACCAGAGUGGGCUCUGUGAGGAGAGUGAUGGACUAUUUCUAAAAUAUGUAUACUCUCUGCCUAUCUCAAUCUGGAGAUUAAUAAAAUACUUCCUGUGUGUU